AUGGACGGCCCUCCUCGAUCAUCCUCGCGCCCGAGGCCCUCGUCCAGGCCUACGACUCCCCUGCGCCCAAGCUCGCGCUCUUCACUACGGGAAGCACACGCUUAUGGAAAUAGCAUUGGCAAUGCAGGCUACACACAACCCGCCAUCAACGCCUUGGAGCCGCAGUUCGCCGAGCUGGCCGAUUCAAUGGCGGACCUCGAGGCAAACUUCAUGCAUCUGCAGCUGAUGCACGAGAGUCUGACGCGCUUCAGCGAGAGUUUCGCCAGUUUCCUCUACGGCUUGAAUAUGAAUGCAUUCUGUGUGGAUUUCCCAGAGGCUCCCAUUGCAGACUCCUUCAGGAAAUCUAAACAAGAUGAAGAAGAAAAAGAAGCAGAAUCAGAACCCACCCGACCGGUUGAUGACGGUGAGAUGACUUUCAUGACUACGGACACCACUUUUGUCGAGAACCCAUCCAGCACUACCACCUCCUCUAGACCGACUUCCAAGUAUGGUGCAGCCUCGGCUUCACGAGCAUCCUCGCGAGGCAUCGCUCGUGGCGCGGCAAGCAGUCGGUAUACUACACGAGGCACUGCUCGUGGUGCGCGUCCCAGCGCAUUGCCCCGGGGUAGAGGAGUAGGGACUCGGUAA